AGAAUAAAGCACACAGCGGAUCCCGCCGGUUGACCGUCCGAUGCCAGCAGCCUGCGCUCUUUAGGCGGGGGUGUGUUUCAGUCUGUGUGUGUGUUUGUGCCGCUUUUAUGACUCUCGUGUGUUCGUGUUUAAGCCGCAGGAACCGCACAGAUGAUGGAAGACGAGGAGCGACAGAGAAAACUACAGGCCGGCAAAGCCAAGCUGGCCGAGUACCGACAGAGGAAAGCUCAAUCUGAUGGACAGAAGAAGAAGAAGAAAAAGAGGAAGCCGGAGCUGGAGCCAACUGAGGGAGAGUCUGCGAAUACGGUGUUUUCUGUCUCCAAAACUCUGCGCAGUGGAGAAACCGUCACUCAUGACCAGACGUACACCAUCGAGCCGGAGAGUGAAGUGUCCACCACCGCUGAGGACUGCUCAUCUGAGGUGAAUGGUUUCCAUCAGCGGAGUGACUGUGACCCUGCGUCCUCACUGAUCGGGGAGGAAGAUCUGCAUCCGUCUGAAACCGAAGCGCAGAUGGAGGCGGAUCUGCAGGGUGGAGGAACACAGAACCGCAUGCAGAUCAUGGAGGACGAGCUGGAGGCCAAAAACAUGGCCAUGGAGGAGCUGAGCCGCGAGCUGGAGGACAUCAGGAGCACUUUCGGGACGGAAGGAGUGCAGCAGCUGCAGGAUUUCGAGGAGGCGCUGAAACAGAGGGAUGAAAUCAUCACGCAGCUCACCUCAAACCUCCAGCAGGCCAGAACCGAGAAAGAGGAGGUGAUGAGAGAGUUUCUGGAGCUCACAGAGCAAAGCCAGAAACUCCAGAUCCAGUUCCAGCAGCUCCAGGCCGGUGAGAUCCUCCGGAGCUCCAACAUCAGCUCCACGGCUGCAGAUCUCCUCCAGGCCCGAACGCAGAUCACACUGUACCAACAGCAGCUAGAGGAGAGAGACGCACAGCUCCGGACGCAGCAGGAGAGCGCGCACACACAGAUCACACUGAACACACAGAUGCAGGAGAGACUGAGCCGGGCCGAGACGGUCCACAUACAAUCUGAACAAUCAUUCACACAGAGCUUACGAGAAAAAGACCUGCUGAAUAUGGAGCACCAGCGUCUGAUCGCAGAACACACACAGACCAUAACACAGCUCCGGGAUCAGCUCCAGACCUCCAAACAGGAGCUGAAUGAAGUGAACGAGCGCCUGUCUGCCAAAACACGAGCGCUGGACAACUGUGAGAAAGAGCUGUCGGCGUCCAGACAGAAGGAGCGCAUGUCGUCUGGAGAAAUCCUGCAGCUGAUGAAGAGCGUGGAGGAUCUGCAGCAGCGGAGCCAUCAGGACAGGCGCUCUGAGACGCUGUCAGAGGAGGACUGGAGCCGCAGGUUGGAGCAGCUGCGGGACGAGCUGGACGAGAUGUACGGUCAGCAGAUCACGCAGAUGAAGCAGGAGCUGCGCCUUCAGCAUGCAGCAGAGAUGCAGCGAAUGCAGGACAUGCAGAACUCAGAAACAGAGAAGAUCAUCCUGCAGCAUCAGGCGGAGCUGGAGCGCUUUAGAGGGCAGCUUUACCAGAGCACCGGAGGAGUCAAUGUGCUGAACGUCAAGAUGAUUGAGCUGCAGCAGAAACUGCAGGAGACGCAGGUGCUGCGGGAGAAAGCGGAGCAGGAGCUGACGGAGCUGCGGGAGGAAAAACUGCAUCUUCUGGAGAAGCUGGAGCGUCUGAACACAGAUCUACAGUCCUCAGAUCAGCUGCGUGCUGCCAUUAGGGACCUGCAGAUGAAGCUGGAUGAAGCGCUGGAGGAGAACACAAGCAUUAAUGCUGAACAUGAGUCUGAAGUCACCAAUUAUAAGAUUAAACUGGACAUGCUGGAGCGGGAGAAAGACGCGGUGCUGGACCGCAUGGCUGAAUCGCAGGAGGCCGAGCUGGAGCGCCUGCGCACACAGCUGCUGUUCAGCCAUGAGGAAGAGCUAACGCGACUCCGAGAAGACCUGCAGAUGGAGAACCAGCUCAACAUAGAAAACCUGCGCGACGAAAUAAACACCAAACACCAGCAGACCAUUCACGAGCUACAGAAUCAGCUGAGCGAUGCGCUAAAAACCAUCCGCGAAAAAGAGUCCGAGCUCCAGCACCAAAUCCAGCGUCUCAGCACAGAGAACACACACCUCCAUCAGGAGAUCGAGAAGCAGAAAAACACCUUCUCCUUCGCCGAGAGGAACUUCGAAGUCAACUAUCAGGAGCUGAAGGAGGAGUACACGUGUCUGGCUAAUGCUAAGCUGCAGCUGGAGGAGCGUUUGCUUAAGGAUAGCAUGCAGGCUAAAGCUAACGGCGCUGUGGAGAAACACAGCACUGAGCUGAUGGAGAAGCUGGAGAAGGAGAACAAGAGUCUCUCAGAGCGGAUUAUUAUUCUGGAGCGAGAGCGCGCCGGGCAGACGCAUCACAUGCACAGCUUCAGAUGUGCGCGCGCGGACGAGACGCACACACACACUCACACACACACCGAUGCGCAGGAUCAUCCGCUCGCUGCUCUGCCGCCGCAGCCGCUGGACAGAGGACAUGUUCAGACUGAUGGAGUGUGUGUGAUGCAGCCGCUGGAGAUGGACGGUGCUGAACACGCCGAGUGUCGUCUGCAGCUGGAGGCUCAGCGCAUCAGCCUGACGCAGAUCCACGCGGCGCAGAUGGAGCUGCUGAGAGAGAGUGUGUGUGUGCAGCUGCGCAGCCGAGAGCAGACACACACUCACACACACACUCAGGAGGAGUCCGGCGCUCGCUCUACAGAUCUGCCGUCUCAGCAGUGUUCAGCUCAGCUGCAUGAGACACACACACAGGAGCUCCACAGGCUGAACACACACUCUCAGACGCUGAUGGAGGAAACACUGCAGCAGAGCCACAGCAUACCAAGCGUCUGCGCACCGCUGAGAGCUGAUCUCCUACAGUGUGUUCAGGAUGAGGAGUGUGUGUCAGAUGCGCAGCGCUGGUCUGAGGUCAGUGAUGGUGUGCAGGAUCAGCAGCGGCGGCUGGAGGAGCACAUCGCGAAGGUGAUCGUGCAGAUGUCGGUGGAGUUCGCGCAGCAGACCGAACAUGCGCGGAUCAGCAAACAGACCCACGAGACGAGCACCGGCAUGCAGACGGAGAGCAGCGCAGAGGAAGAGGAGCACAGGUGGAGGUCUGAGAAGUCUCCAGAUCAGCAAACAGAAGAGAACGCACACCAUGAGGAUGAUGAUGGAGACUUGAGCUCUGCGCUGGUGCAGCAGGAGCAGGAACACACACGCGUGUUGGACGAGCUCAGAAACGCACACACACACCAGCUGGAGAUGCAGCAGGAGCAGAACACACAUCUGAGCGCACAGAUAGACACACUGCAGCAGCGCCUCCUGCAGACAGAGCAGGAGCUGCAGCAGAUGAAGGACAGAGAAGACAACAGAGAGAAACAGCAUCCCUUUCCCAGCAUGCAAAGCUGCAGCACACAGAUAGAGCAGCAGAGAGAGCAUGAGGAGGAGGUCAAAGGUCAUGGGCGGAGUGUGACAUCAUCACAGCCGUCUGGAGAAGAGCCAGAGCUGUCGUCUGAUGACAUCAUCACCGAGAGGGAUGGUCUGCGUUUGGUGAACGCUGGUCUCCGUCGGGUGCUGAUGGAGGUGCUGAAGACCACAGCGGCGGCGGAGCAGACCAUCGGCACUCAUGUGGAGGCCAUACUGGAGGCGUCCAGCAAGGGGCAGCAGAGCGCACACAACACCGAUGCGUCCUCAGAGGGUUUUCUCAGCCGUGAUGUGGCUACAGACCAACUCAGCAUGUUUUCUGCCGAGACUGAGAGCGACGAAGGCCUGGAGACAUCGCUUAAGGCACAGGGGGCGGAGCUUCAGCUGCAAGAGGCGGAGCUACAGCUGGAGAGGGAGGAGUUUCAGACGAGCAUCAGCACACGCCUGCAGAGCGCCGUGGAGAAACUGCUGAUCGCCAUCACUGAGACCAGCACUCAGCUGGAGCAUGCGCGCAUCACGCAGACGGAGCUGUUGAGGGAGAAGUUCAGACACAAUGAGGAGAUGGAGGAGCUGCUGCGCCGUCAGGAGGAGCUGCAGGAGCGAGUGUGUGAAGAGGAGAGAGCCAGAGAACAGCUGGCCCUGGAGCUGCACAGAGCUGAAGGACUGAUCGACGGCUACAGUGAUGAGCGUCGUGCUCUGGAGCAGCAGGUGUGUGAGCGCGCGGAUCUGCAGCUGCAUCUGGAGCAGGAGCUGCAGGUCACCAGCACUCGCCUGCAGGAGCUGGAGCAGGAGAGAUGCAGCCUGCUGGAGCACACAGAGCUGAUGAGCCGACAGCGGGACGCCAUGAGGGACAGCGCUGGAGGAGGCCCAGAGCUGCGACUAGUAGAGGCUGCUCUUGACGCAGCUCCUGAAGCAGACCUGCUGGAGGAGACAGAGAAGCUGCUGCAGGAGAAGGUGGAGGUGCAGCGUCAGGCGCAGAAGCAGAGCUCGGAGCUGCAGGCGCAGGUGAAGCAGCUGGAGGCGCAGCUGGAGGAGCAGCAGAUGCGCUUGCAGGAGCAGCAGGAGCUCCAGCGCAGCCAGGAGGAGGACCUGCAGCAGCAGAUACAGGCGCUGGAGAAGCAGACGGAGAAUCACCGACGCUUCAUCGACGAGCAGGCCGCAGACAGGGAACACGAGAGAGACGUCUUUCAGCAGGAGAUCUUCAACCUUGAGCAGCAGCUGAAGAAUCCCACCAAAACACAGACAGGAAGUGAGCGGCGGGACAGAGAGGUGCAGGAGUUGAGCACGGCGCUGCAGGAGAAGUCAGACCGCUGCAGUGAGCUGCUGCUGAGCUCCGAGCGGCUGCAGAGGGAUGUGAAGGACAGAGAAGAAGAGAUCCAGACGCUCGCCGCACGCGUACACCAGCUGGAACACACACUCAUGCACGGGGUUCAGGAGGUCCAGCAUGUGUCUAUGGCGGGUCGAGUUGACGUCACACUGGAAGCGCAGCUGCAGACUGAAAGAGAGGCGCUCGACAGGAAGGAGAAAGAGAUCGUGAACCUGGAGGAGCAGCUGGAGCAGUUUCGAGAGGAGCUGGAGAACAAGAGCGAGGAGGUGAACCAGCUCAACAUGCAGCUGCAGAUCCAGAGCAAGGAGAUCAGCAGAUACCAGCAGGAGCUGCAGACGCACAACACGCUCACACAGGUUUUGGAGGAGAAGGAAAGGCAGAUAUCUGUCCUAAAUCAGCAGAUCAGUAAACGCCAGCACACGGGAACACACCCUGAACAAGAGGCGGUGGAGCAGAAGGACGAGGCUCUGGGCGAGAUGGAAGCGCUGGUGGAGUGUCUGAAGAGUGAACAGCAACGUCUGAAGAAGGACAACGAGGAUGAGGUGGAGCAACUGAACGCUGUCAUUGAGAAACUCCAGCAGGAGCUGUCGCACAUCGAGGCUCGAGACGAUCAUGAGGAGAUGAAGCAGAGGAUGGAGGAGCUGACCAGCGAAUCGAAUACCCUACGCCUUCAAUAUGAACAACUGCAGGAGGAGACGAGAGAUCAUGAGGAGAUGAGGAAGAAGAUGGAGGAGCUGACCAGCGAAUCGAAUACCCUACGCCUUCAAUAUGAACAACUGCAGGAGGAGACGAGAGAUCAUGAGGAGAUGAGGAAGAAGAUGGAGGAGCUGACCAGCGAAUCGAAUACCCUACGCCUUCAGUAUAAACAACUGCAGGAGGAGACGAGAGAUCAUGAGGAGAUGAAGCAGAGGAUGGAGGAGAUGAAGAUUGAAUGUAACUCUCUAAACCUCCAAUAUAAACAACUUCAGGAGGAGACGAAACAUCAUGAGGAGAUGAAGCAGAGGAUGGAGGAGCUGACAACUGAAUCCAAUACACUACGCCUACAAUAUGAGCAACUGCAGGCAGAGACGAGGGAUCAAGAGCAGAUGAAGCUGAAGAUGGAGGAACUGACCAAUGAAUCCAAUACACUACAACUCCAAAAUGAACAACUGCAGGGAGUGACGAGAGAUCACGAGGAGAUGAAGAACAUGGAGGAGCUGACAACUGAAUGCAAUUCUCUGCGCCUCCAGUAUGAACAACUACAGGAAGAGACAAGAAAUUAUAAGGAGAUGAAGCAGAGGAUGGAGGAGCUGACCAAUGAAUCCAAUGCACUACGCCUACAAUAUGAGCAACUGCAGGCAAAGACGGGAGAUCAAGAGGAGAUGAAGCAGAAGAUGGAGGAACUGACCAAUGAAUCCAAUGCACUACGCCUGCAAUAUGAACAAUGGCAGGUGGAGAUGAGGGAUCACGAGGAGAUGAAGAAGAAGAUGGAGGAGCUGACAACGGAAUGCAAUUCUCUGCGCCUCCAAUAUGAACAACUUCAGGAGGAGACGAGAGAUCACAAGGAGAUGAAGAAGAAGAUAGAGGAGCUGACCAAUGAAUCAGAUACACUACGCCUACAAUACGAACAACUGCAGGAAGAGACCAGAGAUCAAGAGAACAUAAAACUGAAGAUGGAGGAGGUGACGACUGAAUGCAAUGCGCUACGCCUACAAUACGAACAGUUGCAGGAGGAGACGAGAGAUCCUGAGGAGAUGAGUAAGAAGAUGGAGGUGUCCAAUGAAUCCAAUUCACUACGCCUUCAAUAUGAACAACUGCAGGCGGAGAUGAAAGAUCAUGAGAAGAUGAAGGAAAAGAUGGAGGAGCUGACGAGCGAAUGCAACUCCUUACACCUCCAAUAUAAGCAGCUUCAGAUGGAGACGAGAGAUCAUGAGGAGAUGAAGCAGAAGAUGGAGGAGAUGACAAUUGAGCGAGACUCUCUGCGUCUCCAGUAUGAACACCUGCAUCAGGAGACUCUUCUGGAGCUGCAGGAGACACUCCGGGAGAAAACAGCAGCAUCUGUUGUGAUGCAGGCUCAGGUGCAGGCACUUGAGGAGAGCGCAGCCGCCAGGGUCGACAGUCUAAGCCGGCGGGUGGAGGAGCUGCAGGAGUGUGUGGAGGAGAAGGACCAGGAGCUCAGAGCCUGCAGGAUGAGGGUGGAACAAGCUCAAACUGAUGCCCACGGACUGUACGAUAAAGUGGCUCAGCUUGAGGAGAAUCUCAGGGAGAAAGUGGCUGCCGUUCUGGUCAGUCAAGCACAACUGGAAGCCGUUCAGACACAAACCAAAGAGCUCCAUGCUGAGGCCAUAGUGGGCCCCAGGACACAGCUGCAGGAGGGCCUCAGGAUGCAGAAGGACCUCAGGACGCAGGAGGGUCUCAGAACACAGGAGAGCUUCAAGACGCAGGAGAGCCUCACAUCGCAGACUGGAGCCUCCGGAGGGAAGGUGAACUUGCUAACGGAGAAACUGAAGGAGCUGGAGGAAGGCUUGAUUGUCAUGCAGAAGGACCAGGAGCUGCAGAAGGAGCUGUUGUGUAGCUCUGAGGAGGAGGUGAUGGAGUACGAGAGCAGGUUAUCUGUCAUGAUGGACCUGCUCAGCCAGAUGAGAACCAAAACCAGCGCUCUCAGACCACUACCGUCUCCUGAGCAGUCAGCUGAGGUCAGGCUGGAGCUGCAGGAGGUUAAAGGUGAAUCUGCGUCCACUGAAGUGGAUCACAGCAUCUCCAGACUCCAGGAGGAGAUAGAGAUGAAGGAGAGCAGGAUCGCUCAGCUCCAGGCGGCGCUCAGAGAGGCCUCAUCAGGUCCCAGUGGAGCCGCUGAGACCCCUAAACUGAUCCAGGAGCUGCAGGAGGUCAAAGGUCGCGCGGCCUCCACACAUCAGGAGCUGCAGGAGGUCAAAGGUCAGCUGGAGGAGGUCAAAGGUCAGAGCGCUCAUUUGGAGGAGCUGCUGCAGGACAGAGAGAUGAGUCUGGCUCUGCUGAAGGAUCAGCUAAACCGGGUCUCUCAGGAUGCAGAUCAGCCGAUGGCGGAGCUGCUGCAGGAGCUGAUGGAGGUCAGAGGUCAGGCCGCAGCAGCCAGCGAGGAUCUGAACUGCUGCAGGGAAAAGAUCAGUCAACUGCAAGAGGAGAUUCAGAUACGAGACGCCUCCAUCGCUGAACUCAGAGUCAAAGUUCAGGAGCUGCAGGAGAGUUCAGCCCAAUCCAGCGAGCGGCAGCAACCCAAAAACCCAGCAGAGGGAGAUGCAAAAGGCAGAGAGCAUCCUGGCACUGAUGUCAGAGAGCAUGCUGGGAUAGAUCUGCAGGAGCAUGCUGGAAUGGAUGUCAGAGAGCAUGCUGGGACUGAUGUGCAGGAGCAUGCUGGGAUGGAUCUUCAGGAGCAUGCUGGGAUUGAUCUGCAGGAGCAUGCUGGAAUGGAUCUUCAGGAGCAUAUCUGUGGUUUGCAGCAGAAGAUCCAGCAGAUGCAGGAGCUCCACGCUGCAGAGAUCAUGGACAUGGAGACCAGACACAUCUCAGAGAGCGAGAGUCUGCGGCGGGAGAACCAGCAGCUGGAGGACGAGUGCCGCGCGCUCAGAGACGCCAUACACACACUCACACACACACAGGGUCCAGCGGUGCGGUCAGAGCGUCCUGCAGUCUCUCCGUUUAAAGACGGAUACACCAGUGACAGUAGUUCAGACUGGAGUCAGCGCACUGGUCUAGAUCACACACACCUGCAGCAGGAGAUGCGCAGCACACCUGAAGGAGCGCGGCGAGACGCGGAGCCGGACGUCCUGCCUGACAGGAUCAAGAAUCUGCUGCGUGAGGUGCAUCAGGAGGGCAUGCAGGUGCUGUCGCUGUCUGAGCUGCCCCUCGGUGAAGCAGAGCGAGACACACACACACAUGCGCACACACACACCUGGAGUGCAGAGAGAGAGAGGGACGCGUUCUGCAGCGCUGUGGAGACCCUCAAGAGCCUGAUCAGCAGACUGCAGAGCGACACACAGGCUGCUGGAGACUGGCGCUCAGAGCUGCUGUCAGUGGUCCAGCAGGUGUUUGUGCGUGAGCGAGAGCUGCUGAAGAGUGUGUUAUUCGCUCAUCUGGAGCGUCUGGACUCUGCUGAUGCGCUCAUUCACCUCAGCCAGCUGGAGAGAGCGCUAGCGGAGCAGGACGUGCGGCACAGAGAGGCCAUGGGGGUUUUGUGCUCUGCGGACAGAAGCAGCCUGUGCUCCGAGAUCCAGCAGCUCCGAGAUCAGCUGCACACACUCACAUCUGAACACACACACGCCAGUGGAAUGCUGAGCUCUGAUAGGCUGGAGGAGAAGCUGCUGAGCUCUGAUAGGCUGGAGGAGAAGCUGCUGAGCUCUGAUAGGCUGGAGGAGAUGAAGACUGAACUGAACCACACUAAACUAGAGCUGGAGAGCGCUCUGAACACACAACACACACACCUGAGGGAGCUCGACACACUCAGGUCGGAGGUGUCCCGGCGGGUCAGUGAAGUGGACACACUGACGGACAGGCUGGCGGAGGAGCAGAAGAGAGGCCGAGAGCUGCAGUGGGCACUGGAGAAGCAGAAACACCGGCUGGACAGGAAGGAGGAGGCCGACAGAGAGGAAGUGGAGGAGCUCAGACUGGCUCUAGAGGAGCAACGCAGCCGUGUGUCCGAACUCUCCAUCUCUCUGGAGCAGCAGAAGCAGAUCUCAGAUCAGCAGAGAGAAGUACAGCACAGCGACGUCUCUGAGCUGCAGGUUCAGUUAGACGCUCAGAGAGCUCGAUGCACAGAGCUCAGCGGUGCUCUAGAGAAGGAGAAACAGCUCAACACACAGCUGAUCCAGCGCUUCCAGAGCGGCUCCACAACACACACACUGCCUUCUGGGACGCAGAACAUAUUCCUGGAAGCCGAAGCCACCUGCAGCCAGGUGGAGGCCGGAGUUGAGUCAGUGGAGUCUCUGCUGCAGAUGCUGCAGUCUCAGCUGAUGGAGAAGCAGACGCAGGUGGUGCAGAUGAUGGAGGAGAUGGAGAAACAGCAGCUGGAGGCGCUGCAGCACAGAAGACAGAGCCAGGAGGAGAGAUCUGCCCUCGCCCGCACUGCAGCGGAGCACCAGAGCGCCCUGCAGACGGCCUGCGAGAGCCUGAGAGAGAUGCAGAGUCAGCUGCAGGCGGAGAGAGAGAACAGCAGGAGGAUGGAGACGGAGAGAGAGAAACUGCAGGAGAUGCUCAUACUGCUGGAGGACAGACUGCACAGUCACACCGCUGUAAAACACGACGGACAGCCGGCGGAUCGAACCCGUGACUGGGUGUUGCAGCAGGAGCCGGCGGACGCUCUGAAUCUGCAGUCCACACGUGUGCGGGAGACCAGCGCGGACCCCAAACACACGGAGAAAAGCUCUGACCCCAAAACAUGGACAACACUCAGCAGACUGCAGCUCAUCGCAGCCAAGAUCAACAGCCUGACCAGCCAGAGCACACACAGGUUACCUGGAGAAGGGCCGGACCAGGACAGUCUGGUGUGGCUCCACAGUAAUGUACAGGAUGUGAUGUCACUGUUGCAGCAUAUCCCAUCAGCCCCUUCUGCCCUUCCAGAGAGUGCGUCUCUGCUGUCGGCGGGCUCCUGCUCGCUCCUGAAUGAGCGUUUGCUCCGUCAGAACGCAGAGCUCACAGGAUUCGUCAGUCGACUGACAGAAGAGAAGAACGAGCUGCGCAACCAGAUCCUGAAGCUGGAGGAUGAGCUGCGCAGAUACAGACAGAACAGGGACAACACACACACCGCGUGGAGCAGGUCUGCUGUGGGCCGUCAGGAUCUCCUCGUGUCCUCCAGCGAGCGCGAGUCCUGGGCUCAGGAGAGGAUCAGUCUGCAGAAGUCUCUCCGUCAGACUGAAGCGGAGCUGAACCGUGUGAGAUCAGAGCUGCGCAGCGACACACUGAGAGAUCUGAGCUCCGCUGAUCUGGAAAACACUGCACUGAAGAGGAUGUAUGGGAAAUACCUGCGCGCCGAGAGCUUCCGCAAGGCUCUGAUCUACCAGAAGAAGUACCUGCUGCUGCUGCUGGGGGGCUUCCAGGAGUGUGAGGACGCCACACUGACACUCAUCAGCCACAUGGGGGCGCUGCCGGGACACUGCAGCCCACACACACUGCAGCGCAGGGGGAUCACACGCUUCAGAUCCGCUGCACGCGUCUCCAUCGCACUGUCCAGGAUGAGGUUUCUGGUGAAGCGCUGGCAGCGAGCGUCAGGAGGAAACACAACACCGCAGAUCCUCAGCAGAAACGGCCUCGCUCACGGCACAGGUGCUGAUGUGAGGAACGAGUCUUCUUUUCUGAGUCCCGCUGCUGUCGAGUUGUUCAGAGACAGAAGAGCCACAAGCCGCGGCCGCACGGGACGAGAGUCUCCGAGAUCUGCAGCCUCCGUCCAGCACAGAUUUGUCAGUGUGCCCGCUGAGGCUGGAGGUUUGCCGUGUUCACACCUGCAGAACUACGACCCGGACCGAGCGCUGACCGACUACAUCAGCCGUCUGGAGGCCCUGCAGAGGAGACUGGGCAGCGUACAGUCGGGCUCCUCCUCGUACGCUCACUUUGGCGUCAGAAGAUAAAGCUCCUCAUCUCCAUCAAGCUGUCUUGAAGAAACUGGUUGCCUUCUCGUGCUGAGCUGCUGUGCUUUUCUAUUGUCGCACUAUAGACCUUCACACCCGUGGGACCAAAAACACGCUUCUCUUUCUUUAGUUUAUUUUCAGUUGUGUAUCCUCUUAUAAUCCAGCUUUGCGUUGGCGCAGAUGACUCCGCUUCAGCGUCUGUACAUGAGUUCUAUCUUAUUUGUUGUUAAUGGAAAUCAAUCAAGCUGUUACUGUAUAUUUGUGGAAUGCUAAUUUAAGUUGAUUAAUUUAAGAAGCGUUGGUGACGGAGAACCGAACGGCUGCUAUCUGACUCUGGAUAACACCGAUGCUGCUGCGCGACACUAGCGUUAGCGACACGCGUGUGCUUUCAGACUCAACACACUGUGUUUUACUGCUCGCUCGCGUCAGAGGACAUUUGUAGACAUAUUUUUGUAAAGGUAGGAGCUUCGGAUUUUAUGGGUAUUUUGUCAAAACUGAAAUAAAGAUUAAUAUAAUAUUUAAAA